AUGGGUGAAGCGCCCAAACAAGCAGGAAGGGUAGCAAUGUCUGUUGGCCGACGCCCUCCUCCAGCGUACACGCCACUGCCUGGCUCGAACGUCUUCGUUACUACGUCCCCCGUCUACCGGUCUAUCUCUGCGACUGCUUCUGAUCCCACUGCGCGAACGCUUCAAUCGUCGUUUGUUAUCCGACCGUGCUCUGCUCAGGCGUGGGUGGUCCCGGCGGGCCAUGUCUGUCGCCUCACGACUCCCAAGGGACCCCAGGUGGGCGAUCUGAACAUCUGGAACGCGAACAACCCCCGUGAGCGACUGUGGGCGUCUCGCACGCGCCAGAUCCACGCUUCGCACGUUUCCGUCGGGGACCGUCUGUGGUCCAACCUGCCAUACCUUCGACCGCUUGUCACCAUCACCGGCGACUCGCUGGGGGGUGGGCAACUGCAUGAGGUCCUGGGGCCUGACGGAGAGCGCAAAGAGGACGGGUUUCCAACUUCGCAAUGGGGAGGACGGGUGCACGAUCUGCUGGGUACCAGAUGUGACCCAUACGUGAAUAUCUUGAUGGGCGGAGAUACUUUUGAUUUCCACUGCCACUCGAACCUUACCCGCGCUGUUGCUCCGUUUGGUCUGACGGAGCUGGAUGUGCACGAUGUGCUGAACGUCUUCCAGGUGACGGGGCUGACCGAGGAGGGCAAGUAUUUCAUGGAGACGUCGCCAGCGAAGCCAGGAGAGUAUUUUGAAUUCUUUGCUGAAGUCGAUGUACUCUGCGCCUUGUCUGCUUGUCCCGGUGGCGAUCUUUCAAACUGGGGCUGGGAUGACAAAGAAGGUGACAUGGGAUCAACCACCCGCCCCCUCGGUGUGGAGGUUUAUAAACUGGCAGAUCCGGGAGUGCUGGAGGGGUGGACACAGCCCGAGUCUCCCAAGUAUACCGGGAUGCACGGGUUGAAGAUGCCCGCUCGCGAAGACAAGGAGGACGAGGCCGGGUACGCAUAG